AUGGCUCCAAAGUCAGCGCAGAAGUCCAAAGCCCCGCCGGCUGAGGCGCCCGAGCCCAAGACGCCGCAGUCGAAAUCAAAGCGCAAGGCUCCUGCCGAGAGCCCACCCCCAGCAUCACCCACACCAAGGAAAAAGGUCAAGAAGGAGCCACUUCCCACCUCCACACUCCAGCAAGAUAGCCGUGCAGCCGUGCCAAUCGACGCGACUUACGAAGGCGAGCCAGUGGCCCAACUGGUCAAGCACGGCAAGUUCGGUCUCUCGCUCAAGCUUGAGGCACUCGGCGCGUUCAACCUUGUGAAGACUCUUGUCUUCACCGAAGGUGAAUUCGAAGGUCACCAAGCAAUCAUCCUCAAGCCGGCCAAAGCCUUCGAGUUCGCGCGUCUACCAGAAGAGGUCCGCAAGCGCGUCUACAAGUUCUACUUUGCCGCCAGCGGUAUCGUCGGCAAGGAGAUCGUUCUCGAAGGCCGCCGCCCCGACAAGGACAUCUACGCCAAGUCAUACGCCGAAGGAUCCAAGAGCCGCGUCGCACUGCUCGCCGUCAACAAGGCCAUCUACGAAGAAGCUGCGCCCAUCCUCUACGAAACUGCGCUCAGGCUCGAGAGCACGACGACCCUUGUCGACUUCAUCUCACAGAGCGAGGAGUCAUUGAAGUCGAAGCUCAACAACAUCGAGAUCAAGAACUUCGUCAAGACACAGUCGAGGAACGCACUGAACAACCUGUCCAACUGCCCAAACAUCACACGCCUCCACAUCGACACCGGUGUGUCCGGCGAUGGCGAGCCUGUGAAGGCAGCCAAGACCUUCUGGCUCGAUGCAUCGAAGUUCCUGGAGGCUGCGAGCGCUCGGAUGGGUGAGAAGGGGGCAGGCGUUGAGGUGUUGAGCUUCGGCAGGCAGGCUUUCACGAGUAAGGAAGGCAAGGGCACUGCGCAGCCGUGGCCGGAGGAGAUGCGGAAGGAGUUCAUCGAGGAGCUGAAGGGGAAGAUGAAGUGA